GCGGCGUUGCCGUGGAAACGGAGCUUGCUGUGUGGAUAUGGCAAGUCGCUGAGGCACCCAGCCUGAGUAUCUGCGGCGGGGGCUCACAAGACCGACGCCAAGAUGAUGCUUUCACGAGCCAAACCCGCUGUGGGCGGGGAAUCACCACACACUGACAAAAGAAAGAAGAAAGGGAGGAAGAUUCCAAAGCUAGAGGAUCUACUUUCGCAAAGAGAUUUCACUGGCGCCAUUACCCUAUUGGAGUUCAAACGCCAUGUUGGGGAGCAAGAAGACGAUACUAAUUUGUGGAUUGGAUACUGUGCUUUUCACCUGGGAGACUACAAGAGAGCUUUGGAGGAAUACGAAAACGCCACGAAGGAGGAAAAUUGCAACCCAGAAGUGUGGGUCAACUUGGCCUGCACCUACUUCUUUCUUGGGAUGUAUAAACAAGCAGAAACUGCUGGGUUUAAAGCUCCCAAAAGCCGGCUCCAGAACCGCCUGCUGUUCCAUCUGGCCCACAAGUUUAAUGAUGAGAAGAAAUUGAUGAACUUUCAUCAGAAUCUUCAGGAUAUCAAAGAAGACCAGCUUAGCUUGGCCUCAAUCCACUACAUGCGAUCCCAUUACCAAGAAGCUAUUGACAUAUACAAGCGGAUACUGCUGGAUAACAGGGAGUACCUGGCCCUCAAUGUUUAUGUGGCUCUCUGCUACUACAAAUUGGAUUACUAUGAUGUGUCCCAAGAAGUCCUGGCUGUUUACCUCCAGCAAAUCCCUGACAGUACCAUCGCACUCAACCUUAAGGCUUGCAAUCACUUUCGCCUUUACAACGGCAAAGCAGCUGAGGCAGAACUCAAAAGCUUGAUGGACAAUGCCUCUUCACCCUUUGAAUUUGCUAAAGAGCUCAUCAGGCACAAUCUGGUUGUUUUCCGAGGAGGCGAGGGGGCUUUGCAGGUGUUACCUCCUCUGGUUGACGUCAUCCCUGAAGCGAGGCUAAACCUGGUGAUUUACUAUCUUCGCCAAGAUGAUGUACAGGAAGCUUAUAAUUUAAUCAAGGACCUGGAACCUACUACACCCCAGGAGUAUAUUCUCAAAGGAGUUGUUAAUGCAGCCCUUGGCCAGGAAAUGGGUUCGAGGGAUCAUAUGAAAAUUGCCCAGCAGUUUUUCCAGUUGGUAGGAGGAUCGGCUAGUGAGUGUGAUACAAUACCAGGGAGGCAGUGCAUGGCUUCGUGUUUCUUCCUGCUUAAGCAAUUUGAUGAUGUCUUGAUUUACCUCAACUCUUUUAAGAGUUACUUCUACAAUGAUGACAUCUUUAACUUUAAUUAUGCCCAAGCCAAAGCUGCAACUGGUAACACCAGUGAGGGUGAAGAGGUUUUCCUCCUGAUCCAAAGCGAGAAGUUGAAAAAUGAUUACAUUUACCUCAGUUGGUUAGCUCGCUGCUAUAUCAUGAAUAAAAAACCAAGACUAGCUUGGGAACUUUAUCUCAAGAUGGAAACCUCUGGCGAGUCCUUCAGCCUCUUACAGCUCAUUGCCAACGACUGUUACAAGAUGGGCCAGUUCUACUAUUCAGCCAAAGCUUUUGAUGUCCUAGAGAGGCUGGAUCCCAACCCUGAAUACUGGGAAGGCAAAAGGGGCGCCUGUGUGGGCAUUUUCCAGAUGAUUUUAGCCGGAAGAGAGCCCAAGGAGACCCUCCGAGAAGUGCUGCACUUACUGAGAAGCACAGGAAACACCCAAGUGGAGUAUAUCAUCAGGAUCAUGAAGAAGUGGGCCAAGGAGAACAGAGUGCCUAUCUAAACAGCCCAGCCCUGGGCCAGGGACCAGCUUCCUCUCACAUCAAAUUGGAACUUGAACAUGUGAUCCAGGACCGUUUGAUUGACAUUUCCUUCCUUGCUUUUAGCACGUCAAGAUGAGUGGCUGGAAUGUGGGGACUCAGCCAUCGGGAAACACAGGCCUCCCUGGUCUGUACUGACACCCCAUGUCAUCUACUGGUGAAAGGACUUUGGAUCCUGCCCCAUGCCUUUCUCCCAAAAGCACUCAGAAUACUCCUCUAUAAUUCACUGGCUUUUAGAGUAGAUCAUAGUUUUGUUUUUCUUUUUCUGUUAGCAUUUCAGGACAUGUUCUCCUAGCUGCCGUGACAAGUACUUUUAUACUAAAGAAUGACUAUCACUUGAUCAUCUUCUAUCAUCUUGUCCAUUAGCCCAUCCGUGAAGAAUACAUCUGAGUCCUGGGAGAAGUAGUCUUCCCCAGUGUGUGGUCCUAAGGAUGGCAUGGGACCCUCCACCGAACUGUCCAGUCGUUAGCAGAGAGCAGGCUCCGAGGCUCACUCUCUCAGUAGGUCAACGCUGCUCCUAGCUUGUUGUAGUGAGACAAGUCGAGCGCUGUAGGGUUUUAAAAGGUGAGGGAAAGGGAAAAUGUGGCGUCUCUGAAAGUGUGCCGUUCAGAGUUUCCACUACCUUGUAUUUUAGGAAACAAAGCCAGGGCAAGCUUCUUCAUCUAUCAGCUGAAUGAACAGCAAUUUGAUCAUAGGGCUGUGAAGGUUUUCAUGAAACAUAUGUACAUUUGUUUGUUUGUUUGUUUUUUGAAACAGGGUUUCUCUGUGUAGCCC